AUAAUUUAAUAAACAUCCAGUUUAAUAAUCAUAACAAAAGUCAUAACAAAAAAUCGAAUGUAAACUUGGUUAUGUGUUUUUAGAUUUGUAGAAUCCGGAGAUAAUGGGGAUGCCGCAAAUCUGUGCAGUCAGAUCUUGACCCUCGUUUACAGCCGAUAUCGAUAUGGAGAUAUCGUUUACAUUAUAUAAAUGUAGCUGCUUUUACCCGGGUUUUCACAGUCCAAGCAAGGAGCCGAUCGUUACAAGCAGUUUCACUUGCGAGGUGCAAUCAGUAAAGAAAGUGAAGGCGCACACGUGGGCAUACAUUACAUUACAAUUGUGAUACAUUUGCGACCGAUGCUGGGCUUCAAGAAUCUCAUCUGGCGCAAUUUUGUCUCGAAUACCCUUGCUUAAAAAUUGCUCCUAGUGACAUACACGUGUCAGACUACAUUUUGGCUAGUCGACGAUGGCGCAGCUUAAGGUGGCUAUAAUUGGGCAGAGUCCGUUCGCGGCGGAAGUCUAUAAACUUUUGCGUCAGAACGGACAUCAAGUUACUGGAGUGUUCACGAUUCCGGAUAAAGGAAACCGCGAAGAUCCUCUAGCAACUACUGCAAAGGCUGACAAUACGCCGGUCUUCAAGAUCAAGGCUUGGAGAAGCAAGGGAGUAACCUUGCCGGAAAUUCUGAAGCUAUAUAAGGGCAUCGAAGUGGAUCUCAAUGUUCUCCCCUUCUGCAGCCAGUACAUUCCCAUGGAGGUCAUUAAUCAUCCCCGUCAUCGUACUAUAUGUUAUCAUCCGUCCUUGCUGCCCAGGCACAGAGGAGCAAGUGCUAUAAGCUGGACUUUAAUUCAAGGAGAUAACACUGCAGGAUUCUCAAUUUUCUGGGCGGAUGAUGGUCUAGACACUGGACCAAUUCUUCUUCAGAAAUCCUGCAAAGUGGAACCGAACGAUACGGUAGACAGUCUAUACAACAAUUUUCUCUAUCCGGAAGGUAUCAAGGCCAUGGGUGAGGCAGUGAACCUCGUUGCCAAAGGAACUGCAUCUAUGGUACUACAACCGGUAGAAGGCGCGACAUACGAUCCCUUUCUAAACAAGAAAGAGCUCCAGAAGAUUGACUGGACCAAGUCAGCGAAAGAGGUUCAUGAUUUCAUUCGUGGUUUGGAUAGUACACCAGGUGCCUGGACGAUGCUAGAUGGUAAGGAGGUACGUCUUUUUGGAUCAUCUCUAUGGAGCGACAAGCAACCGGAAGUUGAAAAGACGGUGAAUCUCGAAGAGCGAAAAGGAAUCGUGCAUCAAAGCGGUUUAUUGAUCGAAGCCGCCGAUGGGCGAUUCGUUAAUGUAGAAAGAAUCAAGAUCGGCACCAAGACCAUUCACGCCGGCAAAUAUGGGCAAAGUAACAACGACAAAGUCGUGGAAUUUACGGAAGAGGAGUUGAAGACUACCGAUGGUUUGCGCCAAAUCUGGACAGAUAUACUCAGAAUUGACAUCGAUGAUGAUACAGAUUUUUUUGCUUCUGGUGGAGGUAGCAUGGAUGUGGUGCGAUUAGUCGAGGAAGUUAAGGAUAAUUUCGGCGUUAGCCUGCAGAAUAUUGACGUAUUCAUGGCACCAAUCUUCAAGGAGUUCGCUACGACAGUCAUUCUUGCCGCUCGAGGAAACCUAACCACGAAGGAAAUCAAAUAUGAUGCAGUGGAAAUGCAGGCGAACAAUAUGACUCUGAGAUUUCCCAGACAGCUCUUCAUCGACGGUCAGUUUGUUAAUGGACACGCUAAGCCCAUCGAUACAAUUAAUCCUCACGACGAGAGUGUAAUCUGUUCGGUGGAAAGUGCAAAUGCCGAAGAUGUCGAUCGAGCCGUUAAAGCGGCUAAGAAAGCCUUUGAGGAGGGUGAAUGGGGCAAAAUCAGCGCCAGGGAGCGUGGAGCGUUGUUAUUCAAAUUGGCGGAUUUGAUGGAACAGCACAAGGAAGAAUUGGCUACCUUGGAGACUCUCGACUCCGGUGCUGUGUAUACCCUCGCCUUGAAAACUCACAUAGGCAUGUCCAUCGAGACUUGGCGUUAUUUCGCCGGCUGGUGCGAUAAGAUUCAAGGUUCGACCAUACCCAUCUCGCACGCGCGCCCGAAUCGGAAUCUCACGUUUACACGGCGCGAACCGAUCGGCGUCUGCGGCUUAGUCACCCCCUGGAAUUAUCCGUUGAUGAUGUUAUCGUGGAAAAUGGCGGCCUGCCUAGCGGCCGGCAAUACCGUGGUGAUGAAACCCGCUCAGGCAUCACCGUUAACAGCUCUGAAAUUUGCCGAGUUGUCUGUGCGCGCCGGAAUUCCACCCGGUGUCAUCAACAUCGUCUGCGGAUAUGGAAGUAUCGUUGGGAAUGCUAUCGUAGAACACCCGUUAAUCAGAAAAUUAGGUUUCACUGGAUCCACGCAAGUCGGCCAGACUAUUAUGAGAUGUUGCGCUGAUAGCAACUUGAAGAAAGUGUCGUUAGAGCUCGGUGGCAAAAGUCCCCUCGUCAUUUUUGAAGAUGCUGAUUUACAGCAGGCAGUCAGAAUCGGCAUGGGUGGUGUAUUUUUCAACAAGGGCGAAAACUGCAUCGCCGCCGGACGGCUUUUCGUCGAGGAGACUAUCCAUGAUGAGUUCGUGAAGCGUGUGGUCAGUGAAGUGAAAAAGAUCACUAUCGGCAAUCCGCUGGACAGAAGUACGGCCCACGGUCCGCAGAAUCACAAGGCCCAUCUGGAUAAACUGCUCCAAUUUGUACAGAAGGGAGUUGAGGAGGGUGCCACAUUAGUUUAUGGCGGCAAGAGAUUGAAUUGUCCCGGCUGGUAUUUUGAACCAACCGUGUUCACAAAUGUCGAGGAUAACAUGUAUAUCGCCCAGGAGGAAUCCUUCGGUCCAGUUAUGGUAAUCUCUAAGUUUAGCUCGAAGGAUAUCGAUGAGAUGAUCGCGCGGGCAAACAGCACUGAAUUUGGUUUGGCCUCUGGAGUUCUCACUAAGGAUAUCAGCAGAGCGCUCAGAUUUGUGGAGAAGAUCGAGGCCGGUACCGUAUUCAUCAACACAUACAACAAGACGGAUGUGGCGGCGCCGUUCGGUGGUUUCAAGAUGUCCGGAUUCGGCAAAGACUUGGGGCAGGAGGCUCUUAACGAAUACCUUAAAACAAAGACGGUUACCAUUGAGUACUAAUAACGAUUAUUAUCCGAGAAUUGUAAUAUAUAAUACUAUUGAUGCAUGUAACAAUGUAAUGUACGUCAUUGCUUUUCAUGCGAAGUGAUUAUGUCAGUCAUGUCGAUAUUAUUUGAUAUUAUUUGAUGAAUGUCUCUUUAACAAUAUUGAACAAGUCUUCAAUUUACAUUUAAAGAUAAGGAGUUAUUAGAAUAUAUAUGUUCGCGCGCCACAUUUAUUUGUUGCCAUUUCACAUGUAUAUCGCCGUAUUACAUCGAUUAUUUAUACAAAUAAACAUAUAGGUCGUUUCUAAUAA